GACACAACACAAGGCCAAAAGAAUCCUUAAUCGGUGAGCAAAUACCGUAUUUCUUAUCGCUUAACAACGUCUAAAUUCUUAAUUUUUGUUCUUGCUUCUGCUUUGCUUCGCACAUCAUUCUUGCUUAUGCCGCUCUUUAUUUACCACUUUCUUCAACCUUUCAACCGCACGCAAAUUCUUCCACCGAACUGCCAGAGAAUUUUCCACAUUCCAAUCUCCGGAGAUGUCUCUCCGGCCAGUGCCCUUCGCAUUUUUCUUCGUCCUCUACCUUUUGGUCUCCUCCCAAGCCACUGACUUCAAUGGCAUACGCAAGAAGCACAAAAUCAACGGACCCAUCAAAACUGUUGUCGUCCUGGUGAUGGAGAAUCGUUCCUUCGAUCACGUCCUGGGCUGGCUGAAAUCGACCCGACCCGAAAUUGACGGGUUGACGGGCAAGGAGUCGAACCGACUCUUAGUCUCUGACCCAAACUCGCCGGAGGUUUUCGUCUCUAACGGCGCGGUGUUUGUUGACUCUGAUCCGGGGCACUCGUUCCAGGCUAUAAGGGAACAGAUAUUCGGAUCAAACGACACCUCAGCGAACCCGGCUCCGAUGAACGGGUUCGCUCAGCAGGCCGAUAAGAUGGUUAAGGGAAUGUCGGAAACCGUCAUGAGCGGGUUCAAACCAGAGGUCUUGCCUGUCUACACUGAGUUGGCGAACGAGUUCUGCGUAUUCGACAAAUGGUUUGCGUCGGUGCCCGCGUCUACUCAGCCGAACCGGUUCUACGUUCACUCUGCGACGUCCCACGGUGCAAUGAGCAACGUUCGUAAAGAUCUGAUCCAUGGGUUUCCUCAACGAACAAUCUUUGAUUCUCUGGACGAAAAUGGUCUCACAUUUGGGAUCUAUUACCAGAACAUCCCCGCGACAUUGUUCUUCAAGAGCUUGAGGAAGCUCAAGCACGUCUCGAAAUUCCACAGCUACUCCAUGAAGUUCAAAUUGCACGCCAAGUUGGGAAGGCUUCCAAAUUACGUGGUGCUGGAACAGCGUUACUUCGACGUGGACCUUUUUCCGGCCAACGAUGAUCACCCAUCGCAUGACGUGGCGCUAGGACAGAGGUUCGUGAAGGAGGUUUAUGAAACGCUGAGGGCUAGCCCUCAGUGGAAAGAGAUGGCCUUGUUGAUCACAUAUGAUGAACAUGGUGGGUUCUAUGACCAUGUGCCUACCCCUGUUUCCGGUGUCCCCAACCCAGACGGGAUUAUUGGACCCGAUCCGUAUUACUUCCGGUUCGAUCGCUUGGGUGUUCGUGUCCCGACGAUUCUGGUGUCGCCGUGGAUUGAGAAGGGUACUGUGAUUCAUGAACCUGAGGGGCCAACACCAUAUUCACAAUUUGAACAUUCUUCUAUUCCUGCCACCGUAAAGAAGCUAUUCAAUUUAAAAUCCAAUUUCUUAACAAAGAGAGAUGCUUGGUCUGGUACCUUUGAGAAAUACUUCUAUCUUCGUGAUACUCCUCGCGAUGACUGUCCAGAGAGGCUUCCAGAGGUGAAGGUAUCACUAAGGCCAUGGGGACCCAGAGAAGACACAAGCCUCUCAGAGUUCCAAGUUGAGCUGAUCCAGCUUGCAUCUCAGCUCAAUGGGGAUUAUGUGCUCAAUACUUAUCCAAAUAUUGGGAAAAAUUUGAAAGUGGGAGAAGCAAACAAGUAUGCAGAAGAUGCAGUGAAGAGGUUUCUGGAAGCUGGAAUUGCUGCUCUUAAAGCUGGAGCUAAUGAUUCUGCCAUAGUCACAAUGAGGCCUUCUCUCACUAGUAGGGUUUCCAUGAGAGAGAAUAGCACUAAUCUUAGAAGAAUACAGUAGUACUCUACAUCAUAUAUAGAUAUAGAUAUAUAACCGUUCAGCAUUUUCUGUAUAUAUCUACAGUGCCUUGUAUUGUAAGCAUAGUGACUUCAAAACUAACAUUUUGUAGCCCUGCGCGGUGGGUGUUGUACUCUUAUGUUGUAUCUCAGGGUCUGACGGAGAAUAUUUUGCUUUAGUGUA